CUAUUGAGGAAAUGUCACGAUACUUCCUGGUUGACUUGGCCAAUAGCAGUGCACAUGAUUUAUUCUUUUAAUGGAUUUUUAAUCACAAAUCGUGUAAUUCUAGACCUGGAAAUGAUUCGUAGGAAUUUGAUAUGGGGAAAUCAUGACUAUUUAGAAAUCUGAUAUAGAUUUACUGAGUCAUGGGGUUUACUUAUUUAUUUCCUGAAGUUAGUGCAGGAGGACUAUUGUCCUGGUAGUUUGUGACCGAGGAGGACUCAUAGACGGCACACACUGUCAAGCCCUUUAUCAGGAACAUGGACCUUCGUGCUUGAAAUAACAAGAAGGUGUAUUCCACACCAAGAUGCUUCCACUGUAUCUUCUGGCCAUCUUCGUCCCGCUGGUUGUAACACUGGCCACGGACACCACGUGGAGACAGCCAAGGCCAAAGCCACAAAAACUAUCCUGCGACCCUGACCAGCCGUCGUGCGACUGCUUGUGCAAGUGCACGCAAAAAAAGGGCGGGAGAAAGGUGAAAUGUGACAACAAGAGUUUACUGUAUGUACCUCAGGACCUUCCGGAGGACACAGUCUCGCUGUCACUUUCCGUGAACAGGAUUCAGACUAUCGAGAAAAAUGCUUUUGUGAAGCUAUCAGAGUUGACAUUCUUAAAAUUGACACAUAAUAAGAUAAUUGCCUUAGACGACGGUGCCUUUAACGGGCUGGGAAAACUUAUCGAACUUAGGCUGGAAUUUAAUAAACGUAUUGCUUUGAAUUCAAAGAUCCUAGCACCACUGAAGAGACUGAGGACUCUAAGACUUUCGAAAAGCGAGAACGCGUUGAUUUCAAGCGAUGCAUUUCUCAAUACAAGUUUGCUUGAAUCUCUAGAUGCAAGUUACUGUGGUCUCCGGGACAUUUCAUUCUUGCGUUCUCUCAGAAAUUCUAAAUUAAAAGAGAUUGUUCUUAAUGGGAAUAAUGUUGGCAAUCUCACUCAGAACUUGUUUGAAGGGCUAACAUCUGGACCAAAAGGGCUGAAUCUGGCUAUGAGCGACAGUGGGAUAAGACACAUCGAAAACGCCACAUUUGCUUCGAUCAAAGAACUGACCAGUCUGAACCUUUCUUACAAUGAUAUCGCUGGAUCUUUCCCUAAUGCUCUCUAUGGAUUGUAUAACUUGAAGACGCUAAGGCUGUCCCAUGUUGGCCUCAAUAACUCUGUAAGGUGGGAUGUUCUGAGACCCAACAAUACUGGCAAUGCAACUCUGAACGAACUUUACUUGGCAGACAAUAAAAUGAGAAAAAUUGAAGAAGGGAGCUUUGAGGGGCUUGGGAAUCUGAUGAUUCUGAAUCUUUCAGGCAACCCUUUGCCAGAAAGAAUAAGUAAGGGCGGGUUUAAAGGCUUGGGUAACUUACGCGAGCUGUAUCUUCGGGAUUGUUCUGAGUUAACAGCCUUCCCAAAGUUCGCCUCGGAGUCAGAGAAUGGGAGCAAGUCCUUCACGCCAAAGUUAAAACGUCUCGAAUUGUCAUUCAGUCCUGUCGUGACCCUACGGAAGAUCGAAGUCUUCCGUGGAUUAGAAAGCCUCGAAUUCUUAGAUCUUUCACAGACAUUUGUCCGCGGGCUUAUACUAGAUUCGUUGAAAAAUCUAAGAACAUUGCGCCUUAGGUACAGCUGCUUACAUGAACUACCCCACAUAAACAGCACUGUGCUGAAGAACUUGGAAAUAUCCAACAACCAAUUCUAUCUCACGAAGGCUCUGCACGGAAACUGGACGAUUCCAAACCUGGAAGUUUUAGACAUACACGGGAACAAGUUUGACGACAUGACUGGUCAGGACACAGCUAACUUUUUGUCGAUGUUUCGGAAUCUGAAAAGGCUAAGCAUGGGAAAGAUGGGUCUGUUCUUCUUGGAGGGUUGGAUCUUUGACAAUCUUACAAAACUAGAGAGAUUAGAACUGUCUUUCAAUGCUCUUGGAAAUAUCACUGCACGUUGGUUCAAAAACCUCAAAUAUUUGAAGAAAUUGGAAAUGAGAGACUGUCGAAUUGCUACGGUAAAUGUAAAAAGCUUUCCCUCAGAAGCGUUUCUGAACCAGCUGAAUAGCUUAGACUUGCGCGACAACCCAUUCAGCUGCGACUGCUCCAUCCAGUGGUUUCUAAACUGGUCAAAACACCAUGGCAACCAGCUCUACAUGUUCAACCGCAAAGAUUACACCUGUGCCUCACCCCAAUGGCUGCAUAGGAUGCCUCUAAGGAAAUUCACAAUUCCAGCGAGUUGUUACAAGGCCUACACACUCCUGACUGGCUUAUCUGUAGCCGGCGUCGCCAUCAUAGUCUGCUUCUUCGUGGGACUUGCGUUCUUCAGCCGAUAUCGCUGGCACAUCAAAUACAAACUCUUCAAAUUGAAAAUCUGGUUCUACGGGAGACAGUACGAAGAGUUGGACGGCUCCAAGUACGAAUUUGACUACCAUGUUCAUUACGACGACCAGGACGUAUCUUGGGUAGUGAACACGCUGAUCCCGGAACUGGAAGACAAACGCGGAUAUCGGUUAUACAUCAAGCACCGCGAUUCGUCCCUCUGCCAGUACAUCAUUGAGAACAUCCGCUACAGUAUUGAACACAGCUACAAGACUGUUCUGUGCCUCUCCAACCAGUUCACACAGAACCCGGGCACCCAGUUCCUUCUCAGCUUCAUCAUCAAUAAGCUAGUCAAUGAGAAGAAGAAUAUUCUGGUGUGUAUCCUGCUAGAGGAGAUACAGGGGGAGAACCUCCUGGAAACUUUGGAGGAAGUCCUCACCGAGAAGAGCUACAUCCGGCUCCCAGAGGACAGGACGGAGGAAGCCAUGGAGUAUUUCUGGUCUCGCGUAGAUGAGGCCUUGCAUCUUCCAGUGAUUACCUAUCGCAACAUUUCGGAUCAGAAUGCACCAGAUUUGCCUGAAGAACGUCGCGCCCUUUUGCAAAACGUCUGCUGAGUGCUAUUUUUGGGAGCUGAACUGCAUAAAAAACUUAUCAUAGAUGAUGUACUUUAGUAUAAACAAGGCUUAGAAUAUUCUAGAGUGUAGAACUCAAAGAACCCCCUUCCCCACCAACUGCUAAGGCUAUCCUUCCGGCUAGUCCAGUAACCGGUAGUCUGAUGAGUGUGACCUGGCCACCAACUUGAUCGGCGGGCAGAAAAUGCAUGCUGCAUACCGUCUGCAGACUGGGGGUUUUCUCAUGAGUCAAUAGAACCUAAGGUCUGGAAUUAGGAGACCAUAUCAGCAGUUGCUUUAAGCCAACUUCUGUAUUAAAAUUAAGAUCUGGAAUUAGGGGACCAUCUCAACAGUUGCCAUGUGAUUUUCACACUAAAAAAUAAGAGGCCAUUUCAGAUAUAUGCCAAACGGUAGAACAAAGAUUAUCUAGGCCGUUGUGCAAACAGGCUUUGCGAUACACCACGAGUUGGGGUGUAGGCCUAAAUUCCUUUAACUGUGAACCAAGUGCAUCCACUGGCACGCUACAUGUAUGUGUGACUCGCACGGAUUUAGCACGUAGGGCCUACAUGAUGCUAAUCAGCUAGGAUGUAUCUUGUGACCAGGACUGUAGUAAUAAACAUUUGCCUGGAAACAUUUUUUAUUUGGCCUGACAACACCUGUUUAGAAUGUCAAAGAGGCCGGUAUUUCACUUAACAUCAAGAGACAGAGGAGAAGUGUCAAGGUGGGUGUUUGAUAUACAAUGGUUUUCUGUUCCCUGGGUUUCUUCAUUCUGUUAUCUUUAAUUAUAUUUACCCAUGUCAUUCAGCACUUUUUAUCAUGAAAUGCUGCCUUUGAAACGAACCCAACCUUGCCGGUCAAUCAACGAGACACAACAGGCCGAUACAAUAUACAUGUUCUGUAUUAAGUACGUCAUCUGUCAUGCACACCCAAAAAAAAUCUUCCUGCAAGAUGAUUCACAGGUAAUUCAAAUAUAAGAAAACAAACUUUGAAAAAAAGUUGGCGCCAAGCAACUACUGAUAUGGUCCCCUAAUUCCAAACCUUAGAUUCUAUUGACUCAUGAGAAAACCCCCAGUCUGCAGACGGUAUGCAGCAUGCAUUUUCUGCCCGCCGCCAACUUGAUGACCCAAAACAGAUGCAUCCUGUUCCAUCACCUAUAUUUGUCAAAUCCCUGGAGAAUUUGAGUACGAGAGUAGGCCGAUGUGAAUGUAUACAGUCAGGUUAUAUGACGAAGGCAAGAUAGAAUAGGGCAGAGGAGAAAGAGGCAAAACAACACAAGGCGAAACGGGCAUCAACAGGUAACCUCGACCCUAUCCGCCGCGCAGCGGAGGGUAGAGGAAGCCUCGUUGAUUUGCCCGAGGCGAGCCAUACAUUUUCAGCGCAUACAGUGGAUGCACUGUCAUACCGAGAGCUCAGGUAUUGUCGAUUAUUCACUUGGAUCAAGGUUAGCCAUCCUACAGAAAAACACUUGACCGGACACCGGAAGCUUACGCCCCCAAAUCGAGUUCAUGACGAGUGAAUUGCCGUCAAGUACCAGUCUCUGCAAUUAGUGAAUGGAGGAAACCGGUGAAAGAGUCUGCAUUCCGGCAGGAACUAAAACAGCGAGGGACCAUAUCAAAACUCACCAAUGCAAAAACAUACUGAAUCUCUUCACUUUUGGGAGGCGUUAUUCGGAGAACAAAUUUGGCUUCUGUCCAACAGAAAUUUGACAUUCCAUUCUUGUUCUUCUUAAAUUUACAGCAUUACCGCUUUAGAUAUAUUUUGUUAAAAUAGGAAGCACCACAACAAGAAAAUAAUAAGUAUUUGAACUUUUCUCAAUUUCUUUAUUUUUUUUCUCAAUAUAAAUGUUUUGAACAUAAAUGUAAACAAUAUUCAUGA